AUGUGUACAACAACGGAUAUUGAAAAAGAAAAACGUGGCCUCUCUUUAAAUUCGAGUCGACAACUGACACCUGAUGAAGUUGUUGACACGGGAGAUGCAUAUUUACUUGAUCAAAAACCAAGAAAAACAUUUGGAACACAUUGCGACGUUAAUGUUGAAGAAGACAAUGAUAAACAUAAUUCAAAUGAUGAAAGUCUCGAUUCAUUUAUCUUGAAAAAAUUUGUUCCCUUUUCUGGAGAUCAGAAUGUUAUUCAAUGGCUAGAUGAUGUAGAGAAUAAACUUAAAUCAUUCUAUAUCGAUCGUCAAAUAAGAUUUGAAACUAUUCCACUUCUGAUAGAAGGAGCGGCACCACAACAAUAUAUUCGAAAUCGAAAGAACAUUCCCUCAUUUGAUGAUUUCUAUGAGUUUUUAUUAUUGCAAUUUGAGUGUGUUGACAACGUUGAACGUGCGAACAACAAUCAACUAGGUAAGAACACAAGCGUAAACGAUCGAACUACAGUAAAUCAGAAAACAGUAUUGAAUAAUUCGAACGAAUCAAUUGUUAAUGAAAGUAAUAAGAAUAGUCGCAUUAAUCAGACACUAGAGAUUAGUUCAGAAACUACGGUUAACCUUGGAACUACCAAUACCAUUGCUGAUGUACCAGUCAACAAGACUAUAGUGACCUCUAAUGAACUUUUUACGUCUCUAAUUGAUGAAACUGUAAAUGAUCUUUUGACGAGCGAUUACUGA